AUGAGGAGGCCUCAGGUGAUACUCGUCGUCACUCUGGCUGUUCUCGGCGUCCUCGCAGCUCUGCAGCCCGGCGAAGACAACUGCGGUGUUUGCAACAAGAAGCUCCCGCCGGAGUGCCAGUGCAAUGACAUCUCGGUGCGCGGGUGCCACCCGGAGUGCAAGAAGUGCGUCAAGCUCGGUGCAGGGGUUCCUCCCGGCGGCGGCCCCGGCCCCGUCGUCACCUACCGCUGCGCGGACAUUCUCACAAACUUCUGCAAGCGCCGCUGCACGCCGGCGCCGCCGCCGGAGGCGGCGUUCCUGGGUGGUGUCUUCUGA